AAUAUAUUCAUUACGAACUAGGCACGUAGAAGAUUUUUCGUGUAUUAUUGAGAUUCGAUUACAUUCAUUUAUUAUUUAUACAAAUAGUUUACAGAGUUUAAAUAACAAAGGUGAACUGUUUUCAAUUCGAUACAAACAACCAGAUACUCUACAGCGAAUGUCUCUCAUUCGCCUAGGGAAUUGGAUCGCUCAGCAAGCAGAACUACACAUGGCUUUAGUAACUAACCAAGGUUUGGUAUACCUGAAUUUAGGUUCAUUGUCAGGAGGAUGGAAAACAGCAGAUAUGGAAGCAUCUAUAAUAAAAUCAUUAAAGGAAUUACACGCGCUAAAGUAUCUUUACAUAAAUUAUGACUGCACCGACAAAAUAUUAAAAUGUAUUGUUGAGAGCUGCACAAAACUAGUGAAAUUAGAUGUUUCUUGUUCAAAAUGUAUAACAAAUGAAAGUAUAGAUAUAAUAUGUAAAUUUAAGAGGUUAAAAAGUAUACAGUUGUAUCAGACAUUUGUUACCUGGGAAGGUUUUGUAAACCUACUUAUUAAUUGCAAAACUUUGGAAGAUAUUGGAAGAUGUGACGAAGUUGGAAGAGUUUUGGAAUUUAUAUAUAAAAAUUGCCCAGAAUCAUUACCAUUUAAUUUAAAAAUAUUUGUAAGUCGAUAUGCUAACAGUAAACAUCUACAACUGGCCGUUGAUACUUGCCCUAACAUUUGUAAUAUGACUGUAUUCCAUAACACAUUGCAAAGUGAUUUAUUAGUACUUAUUGGAUUGAAAAAUCUCACCAAACUGAAGUUAUUAUCUUGCGAUUUUUAUGCAGAUCAAAUAAAACAAGUGUUACAAGUAAAGGGUUGUAAUUUGUCUUAUUUACAUUUGGAGCAUGUGGAUCAAAUAGACUUGAAUGCUUUGAUGUACAUAAGUCAAAUGUGCCCACUAUUACAUACUUUAACAUUCUAUAACUGUUCACUUAUUCAACAUACAUCUUUGUUUACUAAAAAGUUAGAGAUUUUACCAUUUAGGAAUUUAAGAAAACUUACUUGUGUAUCUGGAUUUUCUGAUGAGCAAUUACUAUUUUUACUAAGUAAUUGUAUUAAUAUUGAAUUUAUUCAAAUAGGCACAGCUGUUCAGUUAACUGAUAAUUUUAUAAUGAUGUUAUUAGAAAAAAAUCCUUUAAUUUAUCUUAAAGAACUAAGAAUAAUGCAAUCAGAUUUUCUUACCAUUGCAUCAAUAGAAAAAAUAAUUCAAAAUUGCAUAAGUUUGGAAAUUUUGGUAGAAUUAGAAAGCUGGUCGAUGUUGUCAGAAAGUGACAGAGAUUAUAUAAAAAAUUAUAUAAAAGUCAAUAACUACAACAUUGAUACUUCACCCACAAGUUCAAUAAGAAGAUAUGAUAUCUAAUUCAAGCAACAAAACCAUUAUCUAUUAAUAAAAAAAGUAAAAGUGUACUAUGAGUUACAAUUUUUUGU